AUGGCGAAAAAGAAGAAGAAACCGUCGAAACCGUCCAACCCUCGCGUGAAGAAGUACAAGCAUUUCGAAGCCAGCGGAGGAGGAGCAGGAGCGAGCGAUUGGGAAAACAACAAAAAAGCCGAAGACAACGCUUCCGUUUUCGAUAGAAAAAGUUCAAAGCAAAAAUUCGAGAUUUUAGGACGGAAAAUCAAAGGAAAAAGCGGUAACGUUUUGAAAGCGAGAAGGGAAGGAUUCGAACGACGGGAGAGAACUUUGUUAGUGGAACACAAAUUGAGCGGAAAAGCGAAUGCUUUCGUAGAUUUACGGUUCGGAGAGUUGGACAACAACUUGACGCAGGAGGAAAAGUCAAUCGGACGCUUGGCGCGAGCGCGGUUGGGACAACUGAGAAAGAAGCGAAAGAAUACGUAUUCGCUCGAAGGAAACGAGAACGACGACGAUGAAGACGAGGGCAAUGGCGACAGUAUCAAUAAGGGAAAUUUGAUGUCGUUGACGCAUCUCGGUAAACCUCUGAAUGAAAGGAGAAUAGCAAACGCAAAGUUCGAUUCGGAUUCUGACGACGAGAACGGCACGAGACGAUUGAUGAACGAAGAAAUGACGCGAAGAAUGCAUUUUGGUGGAGGCGAUUUUGACGACAACAAAAAUGGACGUGAUGAUGAUGAUAAUACCGGUGGAUUUCGACGGAAAGAAAGAAAGAGCACAGCCGAGGAUGGCGAUGACGAUGACGACGACGGCGAUAAAAACGGCGACGAAGAUACAGGUAUGGAGAGAAGAAAAACGAAAAAGGAAGUCAUGGACGAACUCAUCGCGAAGAGUAAAAUGUAUAAAGCCGAGAAAGCAAAACAACGCGACGACGAUGAAGAACUUUUGGAUAAACUCGACGCGGAUUUUAGAGUCAUCAGUCAAGGCGGUUUGUUACAAGGCGCGCUGCGAAAAGCAGUCGGUCAUUUGAAACCAACCAACAAAAAUACUUCCUUGAACAUUUUGCAAUCGGGAUUACCGAAAGAAGACGAUACGAAAAGUGAUUACGAUAAGAUUGCGAAAUCAUUAGCUUUAGAUGCGAGAGCUCAUGCCGCGGAAAGGGAAAAGACAUCAGAGCAAAUCGAAGCGAGACAAAAGCGACAGCUCGAGGAAGCUGAACGCGCGAGAUUGAAGCGUAUGCGAGGAGAUCUCUCGGAGGACGACGAGGACGACGAGAGAAGGAACGGCGAGGACGAGGAUGCACCCUUAGGAGGGUACGCCUUGAGAAGACACAAAGCGCGCAAAUUAGAAAAAGAGAAUGGAGAAAGUUGUGGUCAACUUUUGACAGCGAGAGUAGGCGGUGAAGAUCUCGAUGACGAUUUUGAGCUCGGCGAAGACGACGAUGAAAUUUUUGAGGAAGAAGAAGACGAAGAUGAAGACGACGAGGAAGAUUCAGACGAAAGUGACGACGACGACGUCGACGAUUUAGAUGAGACUGGAAAGUUCCGUAAAGAAGCGAACAAGAUGGAUGAGAAACUAGAAAAAGGUAAAAAUCGGUUAAGGGAACUUGGGAUUCUCAACGAUGGAGUAGAAGUCAAGAAGAAAGUAGAGAAGAGUGCAAAGAUUCAUGAGGGCACAGGAAGCGACGACGACGACGACGACGACGACGAUGACAAUGACGAUGAUGAUGAUAUCAUGAAUAGAGAAAUUCUUUUCGAUGAUGAUUCAAAAGAAGUCAGCGAUGAUGACGAUGACGACGACAAUGCCCUGAAAAAAUCCAAAGAAGUAAAAAAGAAGAAGGAUGCCAAAGCUCGAGAUGAUCUUCUUCGCGCUGAAGAAGCAAUGGAAGCAGGCUCGUCAGAAAUCCCGUAUACGUUUGAUGUUCCCGAAACGUUUGAAGCAUUCGAAACUUUCUUAACUAAGUACACUUCUGAUGAAGUUUCGAUUGUGCUUACUCGCAUGCGCGUGUGCAACGCACCAACUUUAGCGACUGAAAAUAGACGAAAAAUUCAAAUGCUUCUCGGACUUUUACUUCAACGUUUUGAAACGUUAUGCGGCAAAGAUAAUUUGCCAGUCGCAGAUUUGAAUGUUAUCACAAAGCACAUUUCUGAAAUCGCAACGCAAGUUCCGUUUUAUGCCGCCACUGCAGCGAAAGCGCGCAUUGAAAAGAUGGGCAAGAGGUUGCAAAAAGCUUUGCGAUUGGGCGAAACUGGUUUACCGCCGGCGAGGACAAUAUUACUUCUUGGAUUAUUUGCGGAUAUCUUCAGUUCUACGGAUAAGCAGCACGCCGUCACUACGCCGGCGUCGUUGUACAUAGGAAACGUGCUCUCACAUUGCGCCGUUCGAUCAACCAACGACGCAAAUUGUGCGGUGGUUUUAUGUGCUCUCGCGAGCGCGUACGUCGUUCCUGCCAUGCGCAUUUUUCCAGAGGCUCUCAAUUUACUCACUGCUAUGGUCCACGCCUCAGCUGAGAAUGAGAAGUGCAAACAAACAUGGAACGAAGGAUUACCGAUGCAUCUUCAAGAGCAGUGUGGUGGAUCAUGGUUGCGGCCUUUUGCACAUACAGGGAACGGGAAAAAGUCAUCCUCAGAGACGAUUGAAGUGCUGUCUCUGGCGAAGUUGUUGUCGUCACGACAUCGAAAGAAAACAAAAGCAGUGGCAGAAUCAGCUGCCCACGAACGCGUGGCAAUGCUUCGAUAUGCGAUUUCGACGCUCGGAAAUCUCAUCAAACCCGUCCAAAAAGUAGCAUGCGCGCCUGAAAUGUUGCAGAAAGUGCAAGUCGCGCUGAACAGAUUAAUGCGUUCGUUAAAAACGUUCGGGAAAAAAGACGGUGCGGUGUACGACGGCAUUUUGAAAAUGUGCGAAACGAUGCAUAACGAAAUUUGCGAGACGAAGAAAAGUAGCGUUCGCCUCUCGCUCGCUUGGCACACAAAGUCGGUUGAAGCUAUUAAACAGUUCAAUCCAAUGUACGAAGAAGAUGGCUUUCAGAAAGGACGCGAUUACGAUCCGAAUAGAGAACGUGCGGAAAACAGAAAGCUCAAGAAAGAGUUGCGAAAAGAAGCGAGAGGAACCGUGCGUGAGCUUCGCAAAGAUAACCAGUUUAUGCAUCACGCGCGCGAGCAAGAAAAAGCUGCAGAAGCCGAGGAAAGAGACGCAAAACACAAAGAAGUGUUAUCAUUCCUCGAAAAGCAAGAAAGUGACUUCAAAUCCGGCGGCCAAGGUGGUCUUAUUGUUAAAAACAAACGAAGAGCCCAAGGCGGCGCUUCAAAGAAUGGGAACAGACGUAGAUUUUAA